AUGCGAUAUUCACACUCAAUUUUGAUCGUGGAAGAUGCUGAAAAUAUAGUCCGUGAUCGAAAUCAAGACAUUUUUAUAACCAAUCAAGCUGUUUCCAAUCUGUUGAACCUUUCCGAUGGUCUACUUGAUGAUGCUAUGCAUCAACAAAUCAUUUGUACAUUUAAUUGUGAUGUCAAAAGUAUCGAUUCUGCUCUUCUACGCGAUGGACAACUUGUCGUCCAACAUAAAUUUGAUAAACUAAAUGUUGAAAAUGCUCGUCGUUUAUGUCUAGAAUUGGGCAUACCUGGGACUGGUAUAUCACAAGCGGCAUUAUGUCCAUUAGUUUUCACUCAGAAGAAUUUCACCGUUACCAAAUAUACAGGUGUUUGGUAUGAAACCUAUCGACGUGAUAUCAAGGAAGUUGAUACCAAAUGUAACAAUGACACAUUUACGUCUAAUGCUCAUGGAACCAUGGAUGUAUUGAGUCGAGCAUAUAAUAUUCUUCAAACUGGUGUGCUCAAUGAGCUUCUUGCUGUGAAUGUUGCUUCGCUCGAUGAUACUGCCGUCAGUCAAUUGGUUAAUCGUUUAUACUGUGGUGUGCAAAGGGCUUAUGCUUUACUUCAACAAUCUGUAUUAUCUAGUGAAAACCUUCAAGUCGAAGUUAAUAAUCGACUCACAUUAAAUGUAGCUCAAGCAGGUGCAUACGAAGAAAAUAUUAGAGGUAAAGAGACUGAAGUGCUUCAGACAAAUCAAGCACUUAGUAAUGCAUUAAGCCAAUUGACAUUGGCCGAACAUGCUGUCAUUGAAAAGCAAAACGCUGUUGCUAAUGCUGAUCAGGCAGUCCGUGAUGCCGAAGAAGCUGUUGAAAAGGCAAGAAAAUGUCGAGGAAAGCGAAGCUGGUUCAGCAAAAUAACCCGUCCUAUUGUUCGACCGAUCGAGAAUCUUGUCAAAGAUGUUAUUAUCAAACCUGUAUGUUCAGUGAUCAACGAAGGGGGUAUCGACAAUGCGAAAAAUCGGAGAGGUUACGCUUAUGAUCAGUUAACAAGUGCUCAGAACCAAGAACGCCACUCCCGUCAAGUUGUCGUCGAAACACAAAUAAUGAAAGCUAACUUGGAGGCGCAACUCGAUCAAUUACGAUCUUCAUUGGCCAAUGUUCAAGCAGCACUUAAAACAUUACGUAGUGAACUUGUCGUGACAACUAAUAUUAAUCAAGAGUUGAAACAAGUGACUACUCAACUCAGUAACGUCUUUAUAGGCUCAUCAGUUCUUCAAAAUACUAUAGCUCAUUUAAUUGAUUUUGAAUUACUUAUUAAUCCACUCAAUGCUGUUUAUGAUGCAAUUCACCAAAUUACUGCUCUUGGCGCAACAACAAGUAUUAGUCAAAGUCAAGUUCAACAGACGAAGACAAAUGAAAAAACAGAUGAAACUCUUCUUUAUCGAUAUCUACCUUCUGAUGGUGGUUGGUACUAA